AUGUCCACACACCCCUCACACUCCACCCCUCGCAACCCUCACAUCGCGGUCGUGGCAGCGAUGGCGCCACACCUGCCAUGCCGUGAGGGGGCUGCAAGCCGCCUCACCCUCACUGAUCACACACUGUGCGUUGCCUCUCUCGCUCCCUCCAGCGAGGACGCAGCACGGGUGAGCGCACUGAGGGUGCGCGGGGUGGAGUUGGACGCGCUGCUCGCUGACAUCCCGCCCACAGCAGCACCUGCCCCGGUUGCCACCUUCCCCGUCACCGUCGUCAUCGCCCCCGUGGGAGGCGCCUCCUCCACCCUCAACGCACCUGCUGCUGCUCCUGCCGCCGGGGCGGCAGGACCGCGCCGCCCAUUCAAACCGUCACUGCAGAUCGCAGGGGAUGCAGUGGGCGGCAUGGGCGGUGGAGCGCCAGAGUCGCCCGAGGACGGCGCGCCGAUGACGCCGUUUGUGAUCUCGGGCAGCAUGCGACGCCAGCAGGGAGGCGGGUUCCGCGACGAGCAGGGCCGGCUGAGACGCCCCGCGAGGAAACCCGGUGUGGCGUCGAUCGCUGAGGGCGUGGAGGGGCCGGGCGACAAAGGCGGUGGGGAGGGCGGGCGACAGAGUAGUGAGGUUGAGCGUGAUGAGGGAGUGGUGGGUGACGGGAUCUCAGAGGGAGAUGCGGGUGAAAAGGCUGGUUCGGAGGCAGAAGAGACAGGGAGUGCGGAGGGCAAGGUGAUAUGGUGA